AUGGAUGCUUGUUUUCUUACCUCAAGAUCAAUCUCUGGUGUUAAAGAGAUUGUCCCGUUCACCAAAACCAGAAUCUUUUCUUGCCCCAAGAGAAACUCUAGCCAGUUUCUCACCAGGAAGGUUGCUGCUCCAAUCUCUGUAAAAUGUUCUCUCUCGGAUUCAUGGAAGCCACUGGAGGAUGAUACUGAUCUCUUAAAGGAUUGUGUCAACAACUCUACAGCAGAUGCUGAUUGGAAAGUGUUCAGGGCAAGGCUCGUAGCUGGGGAACAAGCUGCAACCUCUGAGAAGGACUCCUCCUCUUGGUCUAACUCGGACACACUUGGAAACAAAUGGGCACACAAGAUCACCGAGCCAGAGACAGGAUGUCUCCUUGUUGCAACAGAGAAGCUAGAUGGAGUCCAUAUUUUCGAAAAGACGGUGGUCCUCAUCCUCUCUGUUGGACCCUCAGGUCCUAUAGGAGUCAUCCUGAACCGUCCAUCGAUUAUGUCAAUCAAGGAGACCAAGUCAACCGUGGCGGGAACGUUUUCAGACAAGAGACUCUUCUUUGGAGGACCAUUGGAAGAAGGGUUGUUCCUGGUGAGUCCAAGGAAUGGAGGAGACAACGAGGUUGAGAAGAGUGGAGUGUUCAGACAAGUGAUGGAAGGACUGUACUAUGGUACGAGAGAGAGUGUAGGGUUGGCUGAAGAGAUGGUGAAGAGGAAGUUGGUGGGAAGAAGUGAGCUAAGAUAUUUUUAUGGGUAUUGUGGUUGGGAAAAAGAGCAGUUGAAAGCAGAUAUUUUGAGAGGGCAUUGGACAGUAGCUGCUUGUAGCUCAAGUGUUGUUGAGCUUGGUUUGGGUGACCAAAGUCAUGUUCUCUGGGAUGAGGUUCUUGGUCUUAUUGGUCCUCAAACUAGAUCUGUUAUCUAA